CCGUUGCUGCUCAUUACUGGGCAGCAGUGCAAAGACGGGCCCAGUGGCCGCGUCUGGACAACCCUGCCCGCGAUGCUGCCGCUGUGGGUGUCGGUGGUCACAGCGUCGGCGCUGGCGGCGCCGGCCCCCGGAACACGAGAGCAGAAGCAGCAAGUGGCCCAGGCACCCAACGUGGUGCUUGUUGCCAGUGACUCCUUCGAUGGAAGACUAACAUUUCAACCAGGAAGUCGGGUGGUAAACUUUCCCUUUAUCAACUUCAUGAAAACGCAUGGCACCACCUUCCUGAAUGCCUACACUAACUCUCCUAUCUGCUGCCCAUCUCGUGCAGCAAUGUGGAGUGGCCUCUUCACUCACUUAACAGAAUCUUGGAAUAAUUUUAAGGGUCUCGAUCCAAAUUACACAACAUGGAUGGAUGUCAUGGAGAAGCAUGGCUAUCGGACUCAAAAAUUUGGAAAACUGGACUAUACUUCAGGACAUCAUUCCGUUAGUAAUCGCGUGGAAGCCUGGACAAGGGAUGUUGCAUUCUUGCUCAGACAAGAAGGCAGGCCUGUGGUUAAUCUUAUCUCUGAUAAGAAUAGAAGGAGAGUGAUGGAAAGGGACUGGCAGAAUACAGACAAAGCGAUCGACUGGCUAAGACAGGAAGCCAUUAACUACACCAAACCAUUUGUCCUUUACUUGGGAUUGAAUUUACCACACCCUUACCCUUCACCUUCUUCAGGAGAAAACUUUGGCUCUUCUACAUUUCACACAUCUCUUUACUGGCUUGAAAAGGUAGCCUAUGAUGCCAUCAAAAUCCCAAAGUGGUCAGCUUUGUCCGAAAUGCACCCUGUGGACUAUUAUUCUUCCUAUACAAAAAACUGCACAGGGAACUUUACCGAAAUGGAAAUUAAGAACAUUAGAGCAUUUUAUUAUGCUAUGUGUGCUGAGACAGAUGCCAUGCUAGGUGAAAUUAUUUUGGCACUUCGCAAGUUAGAUCUUCUUCAGAAAACAAUUGUUAUAUAUACUUCAGACCAUGGAGAGAUGGCCAUGGAACACCGCCAGUUUUAUAAAAUGAGUAUGUAUGAAGGAAGUGCCCAUGUUCCACUGCUGAUGAUGGGACCAGGAAUCAAGGUCAACCUACAAGUGCCAAAUUUUGUUUCUCUUGUGGAUAUCUACCCUACAAUGCUUGAUAUUGCUGGGCUUGCUCUGCCUCAGACCCUCAGUGGGUACUCUUUGUUGGGGCUGUCAUCAGAGACUUCUGCAAAUGAGCAGACAUUCAAAAUCCACCGUCCGCCUUGGAUUCUAAGUGAAUUCCAUGGAUGCAACGUGAACGCCUCCACCUACAUGCUACGAACCGGCCAGUGGAAGUAUAUAGCCUACUCUGACGGUGCUUCCGUGCAGCCUCAACUCUUUGAUCUUUCCUCAGAUCCAGAUGAGCUAACAAAUAUUGCUACAGAAUUUCCAAAAAUUACUUAUUCUUUGGACCAGAAGCUUCGUUCUAUUAUAAACUACCCUAAAGUGUCUGCUUCUGUCCAUCAGUACAAUAGAGAGCAGUUUAUCAUGUGGAAACAGAGCGUAGGGCAAAAUUACUCAGCUGUUAUAGCCCACCUUAGGUGGCAUCAAGAUUGGCAGAAAGAACCAUGGAAGUAUGAAAAGGCCAUCCACCAGUGGCUCACAGCCCACUCUUCUCCAAUAGCUGUAGAAGACAACACAACUUUGUCAAGAUAUAUAUGAACGUGUUGAUAAGUAUUAAACUGAAAAGCCUUAGUAAUUGCUAAUUUUACUUUCUUUUAAAAUAAUGUAUUAUAUCUUAAGUGCCAAUGAUUACAGAACUACAUAUUUACAAAACUGGUUACUACUAAGACCUUAUUUUUGCAGACCUCUGACGGUUCAAUAGCAGAAGUAUUUAAAGGAGAGGAGCACGCAUUCUUGCUGGUUUUUUGGAUAAUAUAGAAUAUGAAAUAUUUUAACAACUGUUGGUUAUUACUUAUGAAUCAUGAUGUUUCAUAACUUAGUUAUUUUUAUGUAAUUUUUGAAUGUAUUUGAUGUGUUAAAACUAUUAAAUGGGACACAAACUCUGGACAUAGCUGGUUUUAUUUCCUUUGUUUAAAAAAAAUGUGCAAAAGGUAAAGCUUCAAAAGGUAGAACAUGAAACUCCUUCCUUUCCCAGUCAGCUCCCUCCAAAGGCAACUACAACCACAGUGUUAGUAUCCUUUUGUAGACAAGCUGUACAUUUGCCACCACUGAAAUGAAUAUGCUCUUUACACACAACAUGCAGGCGUACACACAAUUGGUAAUAUGCUAUUAUUAUAUAUUAUAAAUAUACACUAUUUCUUUUUGCAUAUUGUGCUCUGGCUUACUUAUUUUUUAUUGGCAAUUAAAAUAGAUGCUGAGAAGUGAAAUUGC